CAUGCAUCAAUUUUAAAAUUUAAUCACACAGGUGGAGCACUGCACAUGCAGAUAUGAGGGAGGGGCAGGCCUAUCAAAAAGCCAUUAGUCACAAUCACACGGCUAAAAACUUCCACAUUUUCCCUGUGUGGAAUAGAGAGAAGCCCUAUAUCAAACCCCACCCUCUCAUGGCGGAGAAGGUGGAGGAGGACCAGCCGCUAACGCCGUCCGGCCGUCUCUUCCUGCAGCCACUGAUGAACCAAGUUAUAAACUGCGCCCUCGGCGCCGACUACCCCAUCGACCUCGACUGCGUCAAAACUCAAAUCCAGAACUCCAUCAUGCUCAAACACCCCAGAUUCUGCAGCCUCAUGGUUAGAGACUCGAGCGGCCGCGAACACUGGCGCAAAACCCAAGUCGACGUCGACCGUCACCUUAUUAUCCGCCACCACUCCCUCUCCAACGACCCUUCCGUCUCAGACGAAGAUGCAAUUAACAAUUACAUGGCUGAUCUCUCCUUCUCCUCGCCUCUCCCCACCGAUAAACCCUUAUGGGAACUUCACGUUCUCGCGGCGCACAACGCCGUGGUUUUCCGUGUGCACCACGCGCUGGGGGACGGCAUUUCCUUAAUGUCAAUGCUGCUUUCGUGCUGCAGAAAGGUUGAUGAUCCGGCGCAGCUGCCGACAAUUGGUGGCGUCGGCGCGGCCUCAUUGGUGCCGAGAAGAUGGAGUGUCUGGACGUUAAUGAAGGUGGUUUGGUUUACUUUAGUUUCUAUUUUAGAGUUUGUGUUGAGAUUGCUUUGGCUGAGGGAUAAGACCACCGUCCUGAGUGGCGGCUCUGGGUUGGAGCUCUGGCCUCGCCAGUUGGCUACGGCGAGGUUCCGGCUCGACGACAUGAAGACUGUCAAGCGAGCUCUUGCUGACUCGACCAUCAACGAUGUUCUUUUUGGAGUGAUCUCAAUUGGGUUUUCCAGGUACUUGGACAUCCGAUCAUCGACAGCUCCACAAGAGGGGGACCAAAUCACAGGUUUGGCCAUGGUAAAUUUGAGGCCACAGUCAGGACUACAGGAUUUAUCCAAGCUGAUGGACAGUGACUCUGGAACUCCGUGGGGUAACAAAUUCGGGAUCAUUCUUUUACCUGUUCACUAUCAUAGAGAGAGUUCAGAUCCUCUCCAGUUUGUGAGGAGAGCCAAAGCAAUGAUCCACAGGAAAAAGCUUUCGUUGGAGGCCCCCUUCUCACACACACUCUUGGACUGGAUCACUUCUCUCUUUGGCGCUAAGCUCACCAGCAUUCUCAAUUACCGUAUUGUUUGCAACACAACCUUCACCAUCUCAAACAUAGUCGGUCCUCGGGAGCAGGUCACACUUGCGGGUCACCCCGUGAAGUACAUUAGGGUGACCUCCAGCAGUCUACCUCAUGCAAUCACAAUGCAUAUGCUGAGUUAUGCAGGAGUUGCAGACAUGCAAAUCUUGGUGGCCAAAGAAGUAAUUCCGGACCCUAAAGUUCUAGCCAAGUGUUUUGAAGAUGCUUUGCUGGAAAUGAAGCAAGCUGCUGAAGCUGCCAUCAAAUCUCAGGGGACUUGUCAAUAAAAGCAGAGGAAUCUGCAUAUAAAGUAAACUUUGUGCACAAUUGGCUGAAUCAUUACAUGUGGAAGUACCUUCCUGUAUGUGUUGUUUUAAGGACAUUUAAUAUGAAUGAUGAUGUGAAUCUGAGGUCGUUCGACAAAACAUAAGCCUUCACCAUUCA